AUGGCGUGGGGCGCGCCCGCGCGGGCGCAGUCGUCGCGGGUGCAGGCCCUCUACGACCUCUGCAAGCGCACCUUCCCCUCCCCCUCCUCCGCCGCCCCUCCCCCCGCCCCUCCGCCGGCCAGCGCCGUCCGGGCCAUAUCCUCCCUCAUGGAUACUAUCAGCCCCGCGGACGUCGGGCUCAGGGACGACAGCCUCGGGGACGGCGGCGGCGGCGGCGGGCACGGGUUCUUCGACUCGACCUUCGUCAAGGGCGCGGCCAGGGCAGCCAGGUGGGCGCAGCCCAUCACCUACCUGCACGUCUACGAGUGCGACGCCUUCUCUGUGAGUAUUGGAAUAUUCUGCUUGCCAACUUCAGCCGUUAUUCCUCUCCAUGAUCAUCCAGGAAUGACUGUGCUGAGCAAAAUCCUGUAUGGUUCGAUGCAUGUGAAAUCGUAUGACUGGGUAGAGCCUACUGUUCUGGCGAGUAAUCAACAAGUGAGACUGGCCAAGUUACAUGCAGAUGAUGUUCUUACUGCUCCAUGUCCAACUACCGUUUUGUAUCCCCAAAGUGGCGGGAACCUACACUCCUUCACUUCAGUUGCCUCUUGUGCUGUUCUUGAUGUGCUUGCCCCACCAUACGCUGAGGAUGCUGGUCGAAUUUGCACCUAUUUUAAUGAUUAUCCGUUUUCUAGCUUCUCAAGUGGACGCGCAAAGACAGUCGAUAGCCCAGAUAACUAUGCCUGGAUUGAAGCCAUAAACUCACCUGUGUACAUUAACAUGCGCCCUGGCAUGUAUACUGGCCCGACUGUACAGGACCGCCUAUCAUAA